AUGGAGGGUAAGAGUGAUGGGGUAAAACCUUUGGAUCCUGGUACUCCUGGGAACGAUGAUAACACUCCACCAGUACGUGGGAUUGGACUGCGAAUAACUAAUAUAGAGGGUAAUCCUAUGUUGCCAAGACGUGGUUUGUACUCUACUAAUAAUUCAUCGGUGAUUGAUGGCUUGUUUCAAAUUUCCAAACCUGUGGAACUAGAUGCUAUGGGGGGAUUCGGAGGAGGGUAUACGGCUGCCAACAUGCAGACUCAGGUAAACCCUAGUUCGAGUAAUGGGGAGAAGAAGGGUGCUGUUCUUGAUGAUGAGGUUUUUUGGGAUCCUUUGAAGAAAGACAACAAGACUUCGUAUGCGGAUAAACUUCAGUCUAAGAACCGAACCAAAAGGGAAGUAAACUUCCGUUUCAUGCAAACAGAUGAGGUAAGAGAAGAUGCUGACAUUGUUAUCCCUAGAGAGGUUGUUAAACAGGUCCAAGAGAAAUUUGAAAACGUUCUAUAUGGUUAUUUCUUGGGAAAUAGACUUCCUUUCCCGGUGGUAGAAUACUAUGCGAAAAAUGUUUGGUCGAAGUUCGGAUUCUCUAAGCUAAUGAUGAACUCAUCGGGUUUCUUUUUCUUCAAGUUUGAAGAAAAGGAGGGUAUGAUGAAAGUACUGGAAGGUGGUCCGUUGUUGAUAAGGAAAAUUCCGUUAUUUCUUAAUGUAUGGUCGCCGAAGUUGGGAGUUCCUAAAAGAUUGGAUUCAUACACAGCGGAUAUUUGUGCAGAGAAUUGGGGUAGGAGUAGCUAUGCCCGUGCUAUGAUAGAGGUAAAUGCGGAGAGUGAGCUGAAAGAUCAUAUCUCUAUUGCUAUUCCUAAGAUGGAUGAGGAAGGCUAUAUUAUGGAACAUAUUAAAGUUGAAUAUGAAUGGCGACCGCUUCGUUGUGCUACUUGCUGUCUAUUUGGCCAUGAUGAACACUCAUGUAGCAAAAAUGAUAAGGGUAAAGCAAAGCAGGUUACGAUAGACGAGGAGGGAUUUGUAACGGACCGGAAACGUGUUGCUAAGCAGGCUUUUCCCCAAAAGAAACAAAGGCCAAAGUUUAUGUAUAAACCGAAGAUGAACAACUAUGGUGCUAGUACAUCUGGUACGAAAUCUAAUAGUGGGCAGCCUAUGGUGAAAGUGACAAACCAGUUUCAGGCUUUACAUACAGACGAUGAUGGAGAUCUUCUAAAAGAUGCUAAUGGGCAACCUUUAGAGAAGGCAGAAGUGGUCAAGAUCACGAAGAUAAAUGAUGAGGUUCUAGAGACGAUCCCAACGGAAAUGUCUAAAUUUAUGAGUAACAACAUGAUGGGUAGCCAAUCUGAGGGGGCAAGCACUCCCGGUUCUAACAAGACUCAUGUUAGUGUAAACAACCUGGGAAAAAUUUGCAAGAAUGUCUUUCAAAGGUGGAACUGGACGUCAAAUGGAGGCUUAUGUCAAAGAGGAACUAGAAUUAUCUUGGGGUGGAAUACAGAUGAUAUUGACCUCAUGGUGCUCUCUCAAUCAGAUCAGGUUAUUCACACUCAAAUCCAUUUUAAAGCUGAAUCCAAAUCGUUUUUUUGUUCCUUUGUCUAUGCGGAGAAUAAGUAUCAAGAUCGUAGAACUCUUUGGGAUGAUCUUUGUAAGCAUAACACCUUAGCUCAUGAUCACCCGUGGGUAGUUUUAGGUGAUUUUAAUGCAGCCCUUAAUCUGGAAGAUUGCUUAUAUGGUACCUCGUCUCAUACAAUUGGUAUGAGAGAAUUUUUUGAUUGCAUUCAAGCUGUUGAGCUAGUGGAUGUUAACAGUCAUGGGUUGCAUUACACCUGGAAUCAAAAACCGAAGGAAGGGAUUGGAAUCCUCAAGAAAAUAGAUCGAAUUAUGAGCAAUAUGAAGUUCAUGGACUUAUUUCCGGAAGUGUAUGCGGUUUUUCAACCAGCUCGGGUUUCUGACCAUACCCCUUGUGUUCUGAAGCUAUCUUCUAUUACUCGUACCAAGCAGAGGCCUUUUAAAUUUCCGAAUUUCCUAACUUCUAAACCAGAAUUCAGACAAGUAGUUGUUAAUGAAUGGGCUAAGGGAGUGCAAGGAUGUCAUAUGUUUUCGGUUACUAAGAAGAUGAGGAAUCUUAAACCUUGUUUUCGUAAGCUUAUGCACCUCCAAGGAAAUCUGCAUGACAAGGUUAAACGGCUGCGUUGUGACUUGGAUUCCAUUCAGCAAAUUGUUGAUGCGAACCCUUUAGAUGGUGAAAGUGCAAAAACAACAGCACAGAAUGGAGGAGCUCUGGGCGAAAUUGGCGAACUCUCUCUAAACCCUACUUUCAUUCAUCUCUAA